AUGUCUCUGCAGGCAGUUUCGACGUCCGCGAGCUCAGAUUCCAAAUCUCUGCAGGAAGUUUCAACAACCGGAGGCUUUGAUUCCAAGUCUCUGCAGGCAGUUUCGACAACUGGCGGCUUCGAUUCCAGGUCUCUGCAGGAAGUUUCGACAACUAGAAGCUCCAAUUCUAACUCCCUGCAGGCAGUUUCGAUAGCUGGAGGCUUCGACUCCAAUUCUCUGCAGGAAGUUUCGACAACUGGAAACUCCAAUUCCAACUCCCUGCAGGCAGUUUCGACAACUGGAGACUUCGACUCCAGGUCUCUGCAGGAAGUUUCGACAACUGGAAACUCCAAUUCCAACUCCCUGCAGGCAUUUCGACAACUGGAAAGCUCCACUUCUAACUCCCUGCAGGCAGUUUCGACAACUGGAGACUUCGACUCCAGGUCUCUGCAGGAAGUUUCGACAACUGGAAACUCCAAUUCCAACUCCCUGCAGGCAGUUUCGACAACCGGAGACUUCAGUUCCAGGUCUCUGCAGGAAGUUUCGACAACUGGAAGCUCCAAUUCCAACUCCCUGCAGGCAGUUUCGACAACUGGAGGCUUCGAUUCCAGGUCUCUGCAGGCAGCUUUGACGACCGCAAGUUCCGCUUCCAAGUCUCAGCAAUCGUCUUCGACUGUCCAGUCUGUGUGGGAUGAGCAAUCCGUUUCCCGGACUGAACAAUGUAUUGCUACAUCGGAACAAUCUGUUAACAAGUUGGAGCAGUCUUUUAUCAAGUCUAAGCGAGCUUUUUCAAAGGUAUGA